UCUUUGACCCUGGAGAAUGUUUCCAUUGAGGUUUUGGGUAGUUGUGGUAUUGAUUAUGUUAACAACUCUUGGAGUUGCUUUGGAUAAUGUGAUGGCCAAGCCUCGUCGAAUUCUUUUGGAUACAGACGUUGAUCUUGAUGAUGUAUUUGCUCUUAUUUACCUUUUGAAGCACAACAGAUCAGAGUUCCAAUUGGAGGGAGUAACAAUCAGCGCAAAUUCUUGGACUAAUGCUGGGCAUGCUGUGAAUCAAGUUUAUGACAUACUUUACAUGAUGGGACAAGAUGACAUAACAGUUGGAAUGGGAGGUGAGGGUGGCAUACUCCCAAAUGGUACCAUACUUCCAAAUGUAGGUGGAUAUCUUUCAAUUAUAGAACAGGGAAUGACAACAACAAGAGGUUGUAGAUACAGGCAGGCCAUUCCUAUGGGCCUCCGAGGGCUUUUAGAUAUUGAUACUAAUUUUGGCAUUCGAAAAGCUUUCCUUCCACAGGGGAGAAGGAAAUAUACCCCCUUAAGACAACCAACUGCUCAACAAGUGUUGAUUGACAAAAUAUCUACAGGCCCCAUAACUUUGAUUAUGUUAGGAGCGCAUACAAAUGUAGCUAUUUUCCUUAUGAACAAUCCACACCUAAAGAAAAAUGUGGAGCACAUUUACAUCAUGGGUGGUAGUGUGGGGUUAAGAAACCAAACGGGUUGUUUCCCCCAAGAUGCUUUUACCUCUUGCGUACCUAGGCAAUGUGAUGGUUGCGGCAACGUGUACACAAAUUAUAAAGCUAACCCCUAUGCUGAGUAUAAUAUAUUUUGUGACCCCUUUGCAACAUAUCAGGUUAUUCAUUCUGGUAUACCUGUUACCCUUGUUCCUCUUGAUGCAACAAACACAAUCCCAUACACUAAAGAAUUCUUUGAUGAAUUUGAAAAAAGUCAACACACGUAUGAAGUACAAUAUUGUUUCAAGUCUGUGAAAAUGGCUCGUGAUGCGUGGUUUGGCAAUCAAUUCUAUAAGAAUUAUUUUAUGUGGGACUCUUUCGCAACUGGUGUAGCAAUCUCAAGCAUGAGAAACUCCAAUAAAAGAAAUAAAGAGGAAAAUGAAUUUGCAGAUAUGGAGUACAUAAACAUAACUGUAUUUACUUCGAACAAACCCUAUGGGAUAUCAGAUGGCUCUAAUCCAUUCUUUGAUGGCCUCAAAGUUCCUAAAUUCAAUCUAAAAAAAGAUGGGGUGCAUAGUGGUCAUGUUCAACAAGGGCUUAGAGAUCCAUUUUGCUUUGUGAAGAAUGGGAAAGGAAGAUGUCAAGACGGUUAUACAGCUGAGGUGAAUGGUCCUGACUCAAUGAAGGUACUUGUUGCCACUAAAGCAAAGCCUAACCGGGAAGUUAGGAACCCACUUAACAGAGAAUAUUUCAAAAGCUUCUUGAAUGUUUUAAGGCAACCACAACAUGCUGGGAGGUUCAACUUCACUACACAAUUUCCUUACUAUAAAGAAGUAACUUACAUGCCAGAUUUUCAAAACAAAACACUAGGGAAACAUGUUGUGUUUGACAUGGACAUGAGUGUAGGAGAUUUUCUUGCUCUAUUUUACCUUCUUAAAGUGGAUGUUGAAGUGAUAAACCUUAAGGCAAUCACUGUGAGCCCAACUGGGUGGGCAAAUGCUGCAACAAUAGAUGUCAUCUAUGACUUACUACACAUGAUGGGUCGUGAUGAUAUCCCAGUCGGUCUAGGUGAUGCAUUUGCAAUGAAUCAGUCAGACCCCAUAUUUCCAAUUGUUGGAGAUUGCAAGUAUGUUAAAGCCAUUCCCCACGGAAAUGGUGGACUUUUAGACUCUGACACUCUAUAUGGACUUGCUCGUGAUUUGCCACGUAGCCCUAGAAGGUAUACAUCUGAAAAUUCUGUGAAGUUUGGGGCUCCUCGAAAUACAGAUCACCCUGAACUUAGACAGCCACUGGUCAUGGAAAUUUGGGAGUCCAUAUUGCAAACAAUGGAAACAGGAUCUAAAAUUACAGUAUUAACCAAUGGACCUUUGACUACUUUAGCAAAAGUUGUAUCGGUUAAAAACAUAAGCUCCAGAAUUGAGGAGGUUUAUGUAGUGGGAGGACACAUCAACCGGAAUGUCAGUGACAAGGGAAAUAUAUUUUCAGUUCCUUCCAACCAAUAUGCAGAAUUUAACAUGUUUCUGGAUCCUUUAGCAGCUGAGAUAGUGUUUCAAUCAGAUGUCAACAUCACACUCAUUCCCCUUAGUAUCCAACAUAAAGCAAGUUCAUUUUCUAGUAUGUUACACUGGUUGCGUAGGACAGAAAAAACACCUGAAGCUGUGUUUUCCAAGCGUGUGUUAUUGAGGCUACAACGUCUGAAGCAUAUCCACCAUAGAUAUCAUCAUAUGGACACAUUCUUGGGGGAAAUUCUAGGUGCGGUUGUCCUAGCUAAUGGCCAUGGCCCCUCAAAUCUAAAUGCAAAAUUUGAACUCAAGCCCAUUAAAGUUUUGGCCCAAGGGGAUGAGUCCAUAGAUGGCAAAAUGGUGGUAGAUGAGAAACAUGGAAAAUUAGUCAGAAUUUUAAGCCAUAUGAGUUCCAAGGCUUAUCAUAAAAUGUUUGCAAAUAGCCUUGGUGAUUGGAACCAAUCGGCUAGGGUAGGAAGCUUUGAAGAUCAAAGAAGGAAAUGGAGUCAUCCUUAAGCUUGGUGUACGUCUUAAACUAAUGAGAGUGGUUAAUCAUUAAAGUAUCCAAAGA